AUGAUUAGAUAUGCAUUCAAAGAAGGACUUUGUGAAGCAAAAAAUCAAGAUGAAAAUUACAUUCUAAAUAAUGCAGCGCUUGAAGGAAAUCUCAGGAUUAUUAAAUCUCUCAUUGAAUGUGGAUGUAAAGUAGAUCCAAAGAACUGUCUUGGUUAUACUCCACUUGUGAAUGCAUCAGAUCAAGGUCAUCUUGAGAUUGUGAAACAUCUUGUCAGUGCAGGAGCCAAUAUAGAAGAAAAGGGCAAAUUAGGAAAGAAUGCACUUAUAUGGGCCACAAGUAGUAAUCAUCUUGAAGUUGUUAAAUAUCUCAUUUCUGUAGGAGCUAAUAAAGAUGCAAAGGAUGAUAAUGGAAAAACUUGCAUUGAUUAUGCAAAUUCUGAAAUUAAAAAUUAUUUAAAUUCAGUUUAA